AUGGCGAGCUUCUGGCUUUUACUCUGGGAAUUCUCAUUAACCAUCGCUGUGGUUAUCUCGAUACUUGUGACAAUCUUUCUGGUCACAUUGCCGUCGGCCUACAGUCAUUUUCAUCCUCACGAAAUCAAGGAGACCGACUUUCAAGACAAGGACAAGGAGGAUGCUACACAAUCUGGUUAUGCCUACUUUCAAGCUCACAAGGAGAAGGAUAGAACUCUCAAAGCUCAAGCCUCUGUCCAAGUAGUAGUUCUCGGUGACAUCGGUCGAUCUCCUCGCAUGCAGUACCAUGCCCUCAGCAUUGCCAGCCACGGAGGAAAAGUCGACCUCAUCGGCUACGUCGACCCGUCCGUCGACAUAAAUCCGGACGUCAAAGCUCAUCGAUUGAUAAACAUCAUCCCGAUACCAGUCUUUCCUUUUGGAACGAAGAACAGACUGCUAUUCCUUCUGCUAGCCCCAUUCAAGGUCGCCUGGCAGUUUCAAGCACUAUAUCAUGCUCUCGGCUACCGGACAAAGGCUUGCCGAUGGAUGUUGAUCCAAAAUCCACCUUCAAUACCUACACUCCUUGUCGCGAGGAUUAUCUGUUUCUUCCGCAAUACACAACUAGUCGUUGACUGGCACAACUUUGGCUACAGCAUUCUCGCACUUCGCCUGGGUCCACGCCAUCCUCUGGUCAGACUGUCCGAGUGGUAUGAAGGCUUCUUUGCCAGAGGUGCUACAGCUCACCUUGCUGUUACCAAUGCUAUGUGUCGGGUGCUGAAGGAGAAGUGGAGUAUCGACGCCUUGCCUUUGCAUGACAGACCUGCGAAGCACUUACGACCACUUACAAUCGCCCAGCGAAUCGAAUUUCUGAAAACGAGACCCGAGCUACAGGGUCAACCUUUUGACCUCGAACGCCGAUCGUGGCGUCUGAUCGUCAGCUCGACAUCUUGGACGCCAGAUGAGGACUUCUCGAUCCUCCUUGACGCCGUAGUCCAAUACGCUGCGGAACGCAAGCAGAAGCGAAAUCUGCCACGAAUCUGGGCCGUGAUCACAGGCAAAGGUCCACUACAAAGCUACUACCUCGCCAAGGUCCAGCAGCUAGUGAGCGAGGGCAAGCUAGAUGAAACAAUCAUAUCAACCGCCUGGCUCACCACAGAUGACUACGCCCGAUUGCUUGGCUCGGCUGAUCUUGGCGUCUCCCUUCACACAUCAUCUUCUGGGGUCGACCUACCGAUGAAAGUGGUAGAUAUGUUUGGUACGGGCCUGCCAGUAGCAGGAUGGAGCAAGUUCAAGGCAUGGCCGGAGUUGGUCAAGGAAGGCGAGAACGGAAGAGGGUUUGGCAGCGCAGAAGGGUUGUGCCAGGUGCUGCAAGACUUAUUUGGGAGUGACGACAGGGAGCUCAAGAGGCUGGGAAACGGCGCAUUGAGAGAGCAGGAGCGAAGAUGGGACGACGAGUGGAUGCCUGUUGCUGGCAAGCUGUUUCGACUGCACUAA